AUGGCUGAAUUCAUCGACUAAUUCAGAGAUCCAAAACUUAUUGAAGAUACUUUUGAGCUCUAACAAUUGGUGCAAACCUAUCUAGAUUAUGUCAUCCUGAAGAAUAAAGAGUAAAGCUCUCUGGAUGUUCAGACUUACGGUGAGAUUGAUGAUAACAUGACUUUAUAUGAUUUGAUAAAAAAUCAGCCAUUGAAAGUUAAAUAUGAAGAAACACUUAGAAUUUUGCAGAUUAAAACCCAGCUCUUGGGUAAGAGAAAAGCUCCUGAGGAUGGCUAUAAAGAUAUGGCCAGCAUACUUAAAGAAUAAAUUGGCUAAGUUGAGGAAAUCAAAGAAGACAACAAAUACUAGUCUAAUCAGAAAUCUGUUCAGAAAAGUGGGUAAUCGAGCGAAGAGAUUAAUCAAAGCAAACUCUCCAAAGACAAAAAAAAUUAAGAGAAGAGUGAGGAGAUAUAGAGACUCAUUAAUUUCUAUGGACCAGGUGUGGUUCAAGUAAAAUGGUUCUUUAAUAAUCACACAGCUGUGAAAGAUUUUUUAAAAGGAACGAAAGGAAAGGCCUUAGGAAAUAUUAUAGAGCUUAAAAAUGAUGACUCCGAUGAAGAAAAUGAUUACUACGACGACGAUUAUGGUUAACAGGAUGUUAUGUAAAAUUCACCAGAAGAGGUCAAGUAUAAAAUCAUAAAAGGAGCUUAUUUCUAGAUGUUUGAAGAAGAACAUCAAAAAGAAAUUGAGAAUUGCUACUAGGAGUAUGUGAGGACAAAAUAGGCUUAGGAAACCUACAUUCAAAAGAAUGAUGAUAUAUACCAGAUUAAAUUUGAUUCGAGUAAUAAAGAUAAAUUCUAGGUUAUUAACACUUCAAACUAAUCGGCUAGAGUAAUAACCAGGAAAGUUAAGAUUAACGGACCCUUAAUGAAAAAUAAAACAUUCCAAUGGAUAAUGAAGCCAGAUCUUAAUCAGGUGCGAGAUUAUCCACUUGAUAAUGAAGUACAAUCAAAGUUAACUGAAGUUUACUAAAAUUUCAAGUAAUCAAACAUUAAAACCAAAGUUGAUGUUGUAAACUAUUUAGGAAAAGAUCACAUUAUUUGCUGUGAAUACAAUGAAAGAGGAAAUGAAGAAACCUCAUUGAUUGAUCAUAGAAGUAUGUUGAAGUUCAGUUUAGAAAUGAGGGUCGCAAAGUAAAGUUGGGAUUUCAUAUAAACUUUCAAGCCCUUAGAAGAUGUUGUUCUUCAAAAUGAAAAUAUUGUGUCUAAAGAUAUCCUUGGAGUAGGAUCUGGGGAAUAUGAAUUUAUUGCAAACUACUUCAAUUCUACCUACGGUGGGGCAGCAAUAGGCUAAAUGUUCGCAGGAGGAAUUUUUCCUGGUGGUAUAAAUCCAAUACUAUUGUAGCCUCAAAAUCCAUUACUUUUUUAACCUCCAAGACCAGCAGCUAACUAUUUCUCAAGGGGAAAGGGGAAUAAACCACGACCGGGUGGGCAACCAGCUUAAUAAAGAAUGACUAAUAGUAGAAUAAUUUAAAUUGAAAAGAUAUACAAUAGAGACGUCUAUGACAAAUUUAUUUAGGAGCUAAAGAGAAUGAUACGAAAAUACCCCAACAAAAAAAUAACAGAUAUGGUCAAGCACUUAUUUCAUGGAACGAAAAAUACUGAUCCAUUUAAUAUUUAUGGUAGUGAAGAUGGUUUUGACAUAAGAUACUCUAAUGCAGGAGCGUAUGGCAAUGGGAUAUAUUUCGCAAAUAAUUCUGCUUAUUCUAAUACUUUUACCCAUCAAACAUAAAAUGGAAAUUGCUAAAUGUUUGUUGCUCUUGUUCUGAUUGGUGAUUCUGUCCAGUAAGGACCUGGCUAGUAUAGAAUACCCCCUAAUAAACCAGGUAGUACUGUAGAGAAAUAUGACUCAAUCAACAAUGGUGCUGGUGGCCACUAUAUUAUCUAUGAUAACUCUAGAGCGUACCCAGGAUAUCUUAUUACUUAUAAAUAAUGA